GCUGAUCGCUCUCCCCCAGCCGUCAUUUACGACAAGGUGGCGGGAGAGAUCCAGAAGCAAGGCUACAACUGCGAGUGUCUGGGUGGUGGUAGGAUCUCCCUACAGAGCCAGGAAAAGAAGAUCCACGUCUACAGUUACUCCAUGGGAUUUGGGCGUGCCCAGCACUCCACUGCGGAGAAAAUCAAAGCCAAAUACCCAGACUACGAAGUCACCUGGGCUGACGACAGCUACUGAGGGGGCCUAGCACCACCCGCCCUCCCUACACACCCCCUGGUUGGCCAUCCCUGGCACUCUC